AUGAAAGCCAGUGCGGCUUGCGCCGGGGACUUUCGUGUGCAUCAAACUGCUUUCGAGGGCACGCUUAACGUCGCUUUAAAUCCAACAGAUUUAAACAAGCUGCUCGGGAGUAGCGUCGUAGUAUCAACAGGGUUUAGAGUUCUGAUUUUUCAGCAAGUAAUUCGGUACUAUUUUAGAGUCGGCAUUACCUCGCAUGAGGUCUGUCGGUUGCUGACACCAAGAAUUUUAGGUUUGUGGAACUAUGGAAAGCCUGAUAUCUUUAAAACCAUCAUACAAUUGCGUACAACAUACAGCUUUGAAAAUGCCGAAAUAAAUGCCGCAAUCGUGCUUUAA